AUGUCUGCCUUAAGGGCAACUGGUGCUUACCUACGCAAACGCUAUGUCCCAAAAGGCAAGAUGCUGGCACUCCCCUGUGUCCCAGCAAUAAUCCUAGCUGCAAAUCCUUGCAGACCAGCACUCGUUGCGAUCAAGCUCUUGCAGUCAAGGACCGCCACGGGGUUACAAAGCCGACUGCGACACCCACGUCCCCUCCUGCCAACGUCACUCAGCAAGACGCCGCAUUUGUCCAUCUUGCAAGGGAGGGCUAUCAGUGAGGAAAUUGACUGCUUGUGUGCCUCAGACAGUUGUCAUGUUAUGCACUAUUGCGGCGACGCCAACUGUGUCAAGCCGUCGGGAUCACAACGCGUGGCGUGUGUUAACGCCCAGAUCAGCAUCCUAAGUCGUCCCAGAGCCGUAGAGGCUUUUGUCACCAUCCUGGAGGACGGAAAGACAGCCUGCGCGUUCAGCAUCUUCUGUUUUCCCGACACCGAGGGACAAAACUGCCUGGAAAAGCAGAUCGAUGCUGGGGGGACUGAGUGCCGCCCCAUUGGUCGCAUUGCGUCCUGGACCGAUGGGCUUUCAGACAUGGAGUUUGUGUCGAGCACAGGCGGAUCUGAGUACACUUGCCAUCUCUUCUUCGCCCAGGUGAUGGAGAGAGAGGUCUGA